AUGAGGAUGUCUAAUUCCCUCAGCGACUGUCGAACUAGCAAAGGCGUUUCAGAAUGAAGGGUUUGGUGCUGUCCUUGGUGUUCGGCGUCCUUGCUGUCACAGGCGUGUCAGCUCGCGAGGACAGUGACCUCCGUAUUAUCGCCAAGUACACCACGACCUCCGCCAUUGUCAUGAGUACCCUAACGAGCACGGUGCCUUACACGUGCUACAACAACCUCAACAACCAGGUGUGUCUUGGGAGAAGACUCCGGAGAUUUGUCAAGAUGGAGAAUCUCGAGGCUGAGAAUCCGGAAUCCGUGUCCCUGGACGGGUCUCAGGGCGAUUCGGUCGGAGAGCUGGACGAGCUCGAGCGCGACGUCCGAGCUGCUGGCGACGAGGCCGGUGAAGGCGCGAGGGAUGGGCGCGUGGCCCUCGUAGUGUGGUCGACCAGCUCCUCCACCUACACCAUCACCUCGACAAGCACCAACUCCUCCACGACCUUCUCGCUCUCCUACUACUGCUCGGCCGUCGGCGCCCCGAUGGCUCCCGCCUGCUGAGCGCCCCCGUCUGCUCAGCGCUGGCCUUCGGACGAGCAUUGCGGAGCUGCACCCGCACCUGCCCACUCCUCUUUCUCUCUUUAUCGUUGUCUCUCUUGGUCUCUUCUUCGUUCGAGUUCUUUCUUUCUCUUUCUCCCUAAUAUUCACUCUUUUUUCUCACUCUCUCUCGUGGGUGAAGUGAAUUUGUUUCUUAUUGUGUUAUUUUUGUCUUUAUUUUUCCCAUGCUGCUGUUUUUUUACCCACUUUCUGAGGAGUGGUGGUUUGUUUGACAUUGAGUUGUUUUUAUUUAUUAUCGCAAGGGUCAUAUUUGUAAAUAAACGCACACUAUUUUCGUA